AUGUCGAAAAUAUCAAUCUUGAAACAUCCGAAUGAAGAGGAUGAAGAGUUACAACAUCAAUUGAAAAAACAACACAAACACAUGGAAGAGGGCAACAAGAAAGAGAAGGAUGAAAAGAGCAAAAAGAAGAUCAAGGAAUCGAUCAUCAAACACUCUCCGAUAUCGAUGAGGGAAACAACCCACCCAUCUGGCAUUGAUUCUUCGGAACGAGAGGAAAAGUUGUGGUCCCUUGAUGUUUAUAUCCACGAAGUGAUUCACUUUAUUUAUAAAUCAACCAAUCCAAUGCUUUCUAAUGAUUGCUGUGUUGGAUUCAGACUUUGGGAUUUCCCACUCAUGUAUAUUCAAAAACCAGAAGGUCCCUACACCAAUGCAGAUACCUUAGAAACACGAAUGUUCAAAGAAAGUUUUUCAGCAUCUACAUUUUAUAAAAGUCAAGUGAGGGAUCAAGAAAGUUAUUCGAGUCACAAUAUGUUGUUUAGAACUGGAAAGAGUAUUGUUUUCUCAAUGAAACGAGAUGAAUUAGGAAUCUAUGUACAAACAUUACCACUUUAUGUUUUUCUAUUUAUUUUAACAGCCACCAAAAUGGACGGAGUUGAUCAUAAAUUAGGAUGGAAGCCAGUAUUGAUCGGAAGUGUUCAUAUACCACUUCAUGAAUUAAAAGUGUUUGAAGAGGUGGACACACCAAAAGGGCAACAAAUUCCACAAAGAAAGACGAUUAGUGGAACUUUUUCAAUGAAGAAUGAUCGUGGAUAUGAUGUAGCAGUGAUUGACAUGGAUGUACGAUUAAGGCAACUAUCACCACAACCUGGUUACGCAUUUAACGAUUGCAUGACCAACGAUAUUACAAAAACCUUUUCUUUACAACGACCUCUCACACCUGGAGGUCCCAACUCCAAAGCGAUGGACCUAACUUUAAAACUUCAAACAGGAGCUGUGACAAGAAAUCCACUGUUGACAGUCUCCGACAAGGUGUUGCAAUCCACAAACAAUUUAAUCACUUCAAAAGGAAAUAUCCAUUAUGGUUUGGACAAAGGAGUUACAGGAGAGUUGGGAACAUUAUCGUCUCUAGUUCAUCAUUACAAACAAAACCAACAACAAACCAAAAUCAUGAAAGGUCAAAUUGAGGCCCAAAUCGCUGCCAUGACGGCUCAAUUAUCUCACAUUUCUUCUCAACUAAAGGAAAAAACAAAGGUGAAGAAAUCGAAAAAGUCAGACAAAGUGCUUUAUACAGAAAGUAUUAAGAGGCCGUCGUCAACAACAGCCGUAAGACCACAAAGUACAAGUUCAGUUUCAUCGAAAAGACACAAAUCCCCAAGUAUUUCGCAUCGAAAAGUAUCACAGACCAAGGAAGAGACUUUGAGAAGGGUGACCCAUUCGACGACAAAACAAAGACCCUCAUCAGCUUGCUCCAAGGUUACUUCCCAAAAAUUGACCAAACCUAGUGCGACAAUUCAACAGAAGAGGCCUUCAUCCAAGUUAAAAUCACCAUCUUUAAAAAAUUAUGAAGACGCUCAAAGGAGAAUAGAAGAGGAACUAGCUCAACGAGUGAUAAACAACCUUCAACAACAAUAUUCCACAAUGAAAGAUGAUGAACGACAAGGAACCACUCUGUCCGGAGUCAUUCCUCAACUUGCAGAUACGUUCAAACUGUUGAACAACCAGAAUGAAACUUUAGCUGACGAAUCACAAAACGAUGCAACUAAUGAAUAUAUUACAAUUCCAUGUGAGCUAUACAAAACCAUUAAGGAUAACAACGACCGAUACAACAAUUUACAAAAAAGUUAUCAAUUGAUAAUGGAUGAAUUUAUGGACAAUCCAAGUAAAUUAUUUUCAUCCAUGACCAAGAUUGACACUAGAGGCAUGUCACUUCGAGAGAAGGAGUUAUGGAAAAAUCAAAACAAAUUGAUCACACUCUUGAAAGAAAAUUAUGAUGCAAUCAAACAAGAAAAGGACCUACAGGCAUUAAAGGCACCAAAACAGCCAACAAAGGCAACGCUGCAAGUGGAAGAGGUUGAGGAGAGUUUGACCACCUCAACAACAACUUCAGCAAGGUCUGAACGAAAUGUUACAAAAGAAAAUUCUGUUGGAUCAGAGCAACGGAUUUCAAGUAGACAAACAUCAAUGGAAUCGUUGAUGCUGUCAAAAUCGUCACCACGUUCUGUGUUAUUAGAACCUGUGAAACAAAAAGAACCAAUUAAGGCUUCCCCCUCCAACCAACACCAGGAAAAUAAUGUAUCAUUGUCGAAUGUCCAUGAAUCGGAUGAUUAUGAAACAUCGUCAAAGUUUAACAUAACGAAUGAAGAAGAGAAUACAGAACUGAAACUUCCGAAAGUAACUUCUUCAGCAAGUUUUGAAACAAGCACAUUGGAUACACAUGAGAAUCAAGAAAACAACAACUUGAAGGAGGUACCAAACUCAAUUUCUGUAAAUGACAAUGCCGCUUCAAUUGCUAUCACAAACAGUUCAUUUGAGGAUUUUGAUGAAGAUUUUGAGACCAGCCAAACCAUGGAUUCAUCUUCAAAAGCUACUUUUAUCCCACCUCCCACAUCUUCUCAAAGUGACACAUUAAGAUCUGACCACGAUUUCGCAGUUGUUCAGGUACAAAACAACGAGAGGAGACCAGCAAAUACAUCCGUUCAGGAAGAGGAGUUCGAAGACUUUGAAGACAAUGAAUUUGAACAUGCGGUGCAAAAUCAAGUGGUUGAAGAGGAGGAUGAUGAAGAUGUCACAUAUGAAGAGCAGCAAGAAGGGCAUCAAGAACCUUCAGAUGAGAACGAAGUUGUCCACUCCAUCGAUUAUUCUGGAAUUGAGGAACGAGCUGAGGAAGAGGAUAGAAUUUAA